AUGCCAUCCCAGGAGACUCCGUUUCUACGCACACCAGCGGAUCGAUUCAAAAAUCUGCCCGAUUGGAAGUAUGAACCACAUUAUCUCCAUUAUGGCAACCUGCGAAUGGCUUAUAUCGACGAGAAGGUGGGAAGUAGCCACGGUGAGCAGCAAACGUUCCUCUGUCUCCACGGUCAACCGACCUGGUCAUACUUGUAUCGUCGAAUGAUCCCCGUGCUUUUGCAUUACACCACGAACGGCAAAUUGCCAUCACGACGAGUUGUGUGUCCAGAUCUCUUUGGAUUCGGCCAAAGUGACAAACCCACGGAAGAAGGCACUUAUACAUUCGACUUUCAUCGGCACUCACUUCUUCAUCUCAUUCGGCAGCUGGAUCUGCAGAAUGUCACUCUGGUCGUGCAGGAUUGGGGUGGCCUGAUUGGGCUCACACUGCCACUUGCGGAGCCAACACGGUUCAAACGGUUAAUUGUGAUGAACACCACCCUCGGACUUGGACAACAGGCCUCGGCCGGAUUUUUGGCCUGGCGAGAUUUCAGCAAUCGAUCUCCCGACAUGAAAAUCGGAGCUUUGAUGGGCAGAUCGUGCAAGCACCUCUCCAAUGCCGAAAAGGAUGCAUAUGACGCGCCGUACCCUGACAUGCGAUACAAAGCCGGAGUAAGACGUUUCCCAAACAUGGUCAUGGUCGACCCCGCGAUGCCGGGAGUGGAGAUCUCGAAAGAGAGCCUGGCUUUCUAUCAGACCAUUGACCAGUUCCGCACAGAAGAUGUCCUCGUGGCAUGUGGGACCCAAGACCCAGUCUUCUCACAGAAGCAUAUGAUGGCUCUCGCGAAGACGUAUUGGAAAAACGGCUGCUAUUACACGGAAAUUGUCGAGGCGGGUCACUUUGUUCAAGAAUGGGGUGACCAAGUCGCUAAAAGGGCUCUUGAUGUAUUUGAGAAGGCAGAUGCUGCAGCACCAAUUAAUGGCGUGCAAAAGAUCUCUCCUGACUUGGCUAGGUUGUGA